AAAAUUGACUCAUGUGGGUAUUGGAAAUGUUGGAGACUUGAUUUGCUCUGUUUGUAGAUUAUCGCAAAUCGUUUUCUGUUUAAAAUCUUAGAGAUAAUUUUAAAGAUGAGUUCCAUCGAAGAUCUGUAUAAAAGUUUUGGCAUCUUAGCAGAUGCGAAAGAAAAUGCUGGCGAGUUUCCUGAUGAUUAUCAGAUAAUUUUGAACAGCUCAAAAGGAAGCAACGGAGAGAAAAGACUGGGUGCUGGUUUCAUUCCACGUUUCUUUAAGUAUUUUCCUGAUUACCAAGCGAGUGCAUUGAACUGUAUUUUGGAUUUAUGUGAAGAUGAAGAUUUUAACAUUCGAAGACUGGCUAUCAAAGCGUUGCCAAGUCUUUGCUAUGAGACGAAAGAUUAUUUGAUGAAAAUUGCAGAUGUUCUCACCCAACUUCUUCCGACAGGUAAUGCUAUGGAAUUGGCUGUCGUGCAAAAUGCUCUACGAGAAGUGAUAGAACUGGAUGCUAAAGGAGCAGUACUUGGUAUUUUCUCACAAAUAAACGCGGGCGAUGAUGAAUCGAGAGAGCAUGCUGUAAACUUCCUUAGAGAUAAUGUUUUGAAAAUGAUUCCGAAGUUUUUCGAUCCAAAUCCUGAAGCCAGUGAUACUCUUGUAGAGGAAAUUCGUAAGGCUCUACCGGACGUGACUGGUGAGGAAUUUCAAGUUUUCAUUAGUCUCAUGUCGAAAUUAAAGUCAAUGCAAAGAGAAAGUGACGCUUUGGUUGAUCUUAUUGCUGAACAAGCUGAUUUGGAAAGUGAACUUCAGCCAACUGAAAUGGAAGCUCUUGAGAAAUUUAUAACGUGUACACGUGCAGGCAUACCAUUCUUUAAGAGAGGAGCAAAAGCAGAUCCUUUCUUUGUGUACAUAGUGGAAAAAGUCCUUCCUGUUGUUGAAGAUAUUUGUAGUGGGGAUGAAAACGGUGAACUUAAGCUGGAUGUUUAUAAAAUUCUUGCUGAGAUUUGUGCGUCAACAUUAUCGGAGGAAAUCUUGCGUUCGUCAAUUGAGGCAAUAUUUCAGAAAUUGUUGCUUUACAUGCCUUUACCUGUGUCAGAUGAAGAAAAGCUGUCAACGGAUAAAGCAACUGAACCACAGAUUGAGUUCUCAUACGUUGAAUGUUUGAUAUAUAGUUUCCACCAAGCAGCUCGAAAGUGUCCUGAAUUCUUGACUGCGAAUGAUGGUGUGGAUAAGCUACGAGAUUUUAAGCUAAGAUUGCAAUAUGUUGGUCAGCGGUGUCAAGUGUACAUCAAACAAUUAAAAAUGUCAUUAGACAACAAAGCAGGCAAAGAUAAAGAGUCAGAAAUGAAAGUGAUUGCCUUAAGAACGACAUCAAACAUUCAUACACUAAUCAAGGAUCUGCUUCAUUCUCCAAUUUCAUAUAACAGUCGCGUCUCACUUUCGUGGAUCAUAUCAACUCCGAAAUCAAUUGAGUCUGUUUCGGAAAAUGCUACAAUAAAUCCAAAACAAGAAGAAAAGACGAAACAGGAAGAUACAGCUGACGUAGCUUUACAAGAAAAGCGAAAAAGAGCUGGUAUAACUCCCAUUACUUUUGACAUGGCUCCGCCCCCUAAGAAGACGACCAAUGGGAAAAAACCGCAAAUGAAGUACUAUCUCCCACCGGGUAUGCGAGCCAGUGCAGAUGAUAGCAAUGUCAAAUCAACUAAAUCUAAUCGUGGUGGUUUUCGUGGACGCGGUCGUGGAAGAGGUGGUUGGCGAGGUUAUAAUCGUGGAUGGAAGUUUUAGCUGGAGUCAGUGUUUGUCAAAGUGAAGAAUAUUUGGCUUAGUUGCGACCCUUCGGUCGGGUUUUAAUUUAAGCUGGUCUGCUGCACAUUCACAAAUGACUUUGUUGUCAAACUGCAGUCAAGAAUGGCCUUCCGUGGUUAAUUUCCUGAACAUUUUAUUAAAUUGCUUAUGAUAUUAAAGAUGAUGUUCAUCAUAAA